AUGGCAUGCAAGGCUCUAUGUGCGGAAACUGCACACAAAAGAACUAUUUUAAUACUUAACAAACUCUCGAGCUAUUCCUGGGAAGCUAAGGCGGUGCUGGCACUUGCAGCUUUUGCUUUGAAUUACAAGUAUUUCUCGGUUCCUGCCCAGCUUCACUCAUCGCGCCAAGUGGAGAUCCCAAAACAUGUACCUGCGACCUUAAAGCAUCUAGAUCUCCCAAAAUGUAAGGAAACAAUUAGUGAACUUAACACAAUGAUCAAUGAUGUGUUGGACUUCUCGGAGUCCGUCUUUGAGUUGAAGAAGCUAUCUACUAACAACUACAUAGAGGAUAAGCCAUGCUCAUAUAUCCUGGGCCGUAUCUCGUUUUGUGUCUACGGGAUUAUCAUUUCUGUUGUAGCUUGCACAACUCAGAUGUGUUGUCUCACCAGUGAUGAGGACAAGACACAGGAUCUUUAUCUCUUGGCUGAGGAAAUCAGUGACUGGCACUCAGAACUAGAGGGUUGCAUACUUGACGAACAAUUUCGUAUAGUGGAAAAGAAGGCAGAAAGGAAACUGAAGGAACUUUUACAUACACCCGACGAAAUCGUGGAGGUUUUCAAGGGGUUGAUUUUUGCCAAGGAUGAUAAGCAAUCUCUUUUUGAUGGGUCCACCAAGGAAAUGGUUAGCGUUGACGUGCUAGAAAAGAAAAAUGUUCUAUUGUUCAUUUCAGGUCUGAACAUUUCUAGUGAUGAUAUCUCGACUUUGAUUUCAAUUUAUAUUGGAAUAAGGAAGAAGAAGGACACGUUCAAAAUUGUAUGGAUCCCAAUAGUGGAGCAGUGGACCUAUCAGCUUCGAAUGAAGUUUGAGAUGUUGCGGUCAGAUAUGCCAUGGUACAUAAUGCAGUACUUUUCAUUAGUAGCAGGAAUCAAGUUCAUUAAGGAGGAUUGGCACUUCGAUAAUGAGCCGAUUAUCGUGGUGAUGAACUCGCAAGGAGAUGUCAAAAACAAAGAUGCACUUGGCUUGAUUCGGGAAUGGGGAAUGAAUGCCUUCCCUUUCACUCCGCCUAAACCAGUUCCACGUGCAGGUUUCGUCAAUCCACGUAGACCUCAUCAAGUAAUGUCUUCUUUACUACUCUAA